CUCAGUCUCACACCACAUUGCGUUGGUUACAAAGGGCUCUCUUUCUCUCUUGCGCGCGCGCCCCAGAGAUACAGAGCUUGAAGAAGAAGAAGAUGAUGGUGAUGAUGUCAACAAUUGAUGUAUCAGUGAUUAUUAGAAGAGCAAUAGCUUAUAAUUGGCUAUUAAAAGGUACGCCGCUAUUUGUCUCCUCCCCCCUAACUAAUAAUCCUCCAUCCUCAUUUCCUUUGCUUCGUUCUCUCUCUACUAGCCCUACUUCUCCUCCUCCUGCUGCUGUUGCUGUAAUACCCAAACAACGACGCAAUUUGGGUCCCAAAGAUCUUCAAUCUGCUUUGAUUUCGUUCAAUCGCAUGCUCCAAAUGCGACCUUUGCCCCCCAUUUCUCAAUUCAACAAAGCUUUAGGACCUAUUACGAAGAUGGGUCAUUACGACAUCUCUCUUUCUCUUAUUCUGAACAAGCUGCAACAGUUCCAGGGCAUUCAGCUCGAUAUCUACACCUUCAACAUUGCUAUUAACUGUUGCUGCCGCCUUGAUCAAGUCCAUUUCGGCUUCUCUCUGUUAGGUUCCCUCUUCAAACGUGGUUAUACACCUGAUGCAACUACCUUCAACACUCUGAUUAAUGGACUUAUUUUGCAAGAUAAAACCCCUGAAGCUGUAGAGUUAUUUAAGAAAUUAAUCACAACUAAAGAAAUUGAACCCGACGUCAUUAUGUAUGGAACCAUUGUUAAUGGGCUCUGCAGAACCGGGAACACUAUCAGGGCUGUUAGUUUGCUUAGGAUGAUGGAAGAGGGGAGUGGUAAACCUGACACCGUAGUCUAUAGCACAAUCAUUGAUAGUCUUUGCAAGGAUAGAAUGGUGGAUGAUGCUGUGAAACUCUUUACAGAAAUGAAUGAAAAGGGUAUUUUCCCAGAUGUUGUCACUUAUACUUCUUUGAUUCACGGACUAUGUAAUUUUGGCCGGUGGGAGGAGGCUACAGAAAUGUUAAGAGAAAUGUUGGAUAGUGGUAUUGCUCCGAAUGUUCAUACAUUUAAUGUGUUGGUGGAUGCAUGUACCAAGGAAGGGAUGAUGAACGAGGCAGAGGGGGUACUUGAAGUCAUGAUACAAAGAGGUGUGGAUCCUGAUGUAGUCACAUACAAUACUCUAAUGGAUGGAUAUUGUUUUCAAGGCCACAUGGAUGAAGCAAUUAGAGUGUUCAAUAACAUGGUGGACAAGGGCAUUCACCCUAAUAUUUUUAGCUAUAACAUUCUAAUCAAUGGAUAUUGCAAGAAGAUGAAAAUAGAUGAGGCCAUGCAUCUCUUUCGAGAAAUGCCUCAGACAGGGUUGAAUCCUAACACUGAAACGUUCGCUGCUAUGUUACAGGGUUUGUUUCGAUCAAGUAGAUGUUCGGCUGCUCAAGAACUUUUUAAUGAGAUGCAAGCUGUAGGCAUAAUUCCGAAUUCUCAAACUUAUGGUGUCAUGUUGGAUGGGCUGUGCAAAAACCAGAACAUUGCUGAAGCAUUGUCCUUAUUCCACAUGAUGGAAAGCAACGGUUUACAUCUUGAUGUUGUUAUGUACAAUAUUCUUAUUGAUGCAUUCUGCAAGGAUAAAAAGCUUGAUACUGCAAGGGCCCUUUUCCAUAACCUUCCUUCCAAGGGAUUACAACCUAAUGUUAAGUCAUACACUAUGAUGAUAAAAGGUCUUUGUGAAGAAGGCCUACUACAUGAAGCUAAAGAGUUGUUUGUUAAAAUGGAACAAAAUGGUUGCUUGGCAAAUGAUGUCACUUACAACACUAUUAUCCGAGGAUUUAUUAGACAACACAAGUGCUAUGAGGCAUUAAUACUCGUUGAGGAAAUGGCUCGAAGGGGUUUUUCAGUAGAUGCAUCCACUUUUCCCUUGAUCGUUGAUAUACUCUCAACUAAAGGACAAGAUCCUGCUGUCCAAGAACUGAUAAAGAAGCUCAUGCCCAAAGAUAGUCAUGGAAUGCAAGAGAAUGAGUAAGAGAGGUGAAAUUGAUGUUUCCAGGUUGGUGUUGAUAAAUGCUUGAUGGCAUUAUCCUUCAACAGCUCUGUCUUGUAAAGAAAUGUUCCCGGGUUUCUACACAAAUAGGAGAACAAGGAAUGAUACUAAACUAAUUGACCAUCAAUCAGUGGGUGCAUGGGAGUAACUCAAACCUUUCGCAUUUGCAAUGAUUCUAUAUGUAACUAUUUUCCUUGGUAGAAACACUAUAUACUUGGUAUUCUUACAAUCUCGGUACCCAAUGAAGCUUUGAACCACUCAGGUUACCAGGAAUAUCAU